UGCCGCCCCGAAAAAUUGACGCCACUCGCUCCACUCGGCUGGGCUGCCAUGCUGGCGCCCGCUGGUUCGGCGACUCCUUGGUGUGUCGCGCCGGCGAGGGGCGAGUUAGGCGGCAGACACAGGGCGUCGCCCUCUUUCCGAGAACAGCGGCUGUGCAUAGCGCGCGGAGGUUUGCUGCUGCUGUGCCUGAGGCAGAAAUGCCGGCGGCGGGCAGGCUUCGCGGCUGCCACGGAGAAGCCGCAGGAGAAGCCGCGAGAGAAGCCACGGGAGAAGUACGGGCCCAAAGACGGCUUUGCCUCAGAGACGCGGCUGAGGUCCUGGCUACAGUCGAAGGGCUGCCGGGGCUUGGAACUCUUGGACCUCGGCAAGAGCCAAGGCGUCUGGCUGAAGCCGCAGCUGAGCGAAGAGCAGCUGACCGCCGUGGCCAAGGGCGGGAAGGUGGUGGAGGUGCCAGCGUCAGCUUGGAUCACGGCAGAGGUGGAUAGCUCGGCAGACAUCGAGGAGGCGUUGGCAGCAGAGUUGCUUCACGAGAGGGCCAAAGGGCCCAAGAGCCAGUUCUCGGCCUACGUUGACUUCCUGUGGCGCCGCGAUCUGUCACACCAUCCCAUGUUCUGGACGCAGGAGGAGCUCGCCUGGCUGUCGGCCUGCGGCGACGUGCAGCAGGCCGUGCUUGAGCUGCAGGAGCGCACUCGCCUGCGUGCUGAGAACCUGCGGCGCAGAUUCCCAAAGGCACCGGAGGAGGACCUGUCCUUCGCCCUGUGCUUGGUGGAGUGCCGCGCCAUCUCCAGCAGCAGUGGCGGUGCGCUGGUGCCGGUUCUGGACCACCUCCGCAACGACUCCACGGGCAGCCCCGCGGUGAUUGUGGGCGACGAGGGGGUGCAGGGAGGGCCCAUGGUGGCCGUGUCGCUGCAGGACCUGGAUCCCUGCUUCGAGCUUCGGAACUGCUUCGACACCGUCAGCGACCAGGAGCUGUUCACCCAGUAUGGUGAGGUGCAAAUCAAGGGGGGCGAGGAGGACGUAGUGCCGGAGGCCAACGUCUACAACGAGGUGCUUUUGCCCGUGCGGGUGCCCGCAGAGCAUUGGCGCGAGACCCCAAAGGCAGUGAAGAAGGCAAAGCUGGGGUUGCUGCAGAGACGCCUGGGCUUGGACCUGGCAGGCAAAGCGACUUUGCGGCUCCCCAUGGACGCCAUCUCCGGGGGCCGGUUGCUGCCUUUGGCGCGGUUCGUGCACACCCCGGUACCUGUUCUGGACAGAGAGGCAAAGUGCGAAGAGCUGAUCGACAUGCUCUUCAAAGAUUGCCACCCCAGCCUGCUGCCCGGCAACGAGGACUCGGCCUGGGGGGUGCAGCCCACCGAGGUGCCGCCGGCGCCGGCCAACCUGGGGCAGCUGAAGGUGGAGGUGCAGGCCAGGAUUUUGGCGGCAGAGUGGUACGAGAGCUGCCUCGCCAGCUACAACCGCAUGUCCGACCGGAUCUACAAGGACCUCGAGGACGGCUACUUGAGUGGUGCCGGCUCAGGUUCCCAGGAGAUUCAGCUAGCCGAGAUCACUGAGGCGUACUACAAGGCAAAGCGCAAAGACGGAAAGACCGGGCGGAGCAAAGCGCCGAAGCAGUGCCGGGUGCUGUCGCCCUGCCCUGAGGAGGGCACUGUGACGGUGCAGUUCCUGGAGAACGGAGUGCGGCAGACCAUCCCGGAGGACUGGCUGAAGACUGACGCAGGUCCAGCUGCUCAGGAGCCCAGCGUGAAGCGGCAGCGGGGACUGCUGGGCCUGGCUCUCUUGGCUUGCCAGCAGGGCAUGAUACAGGGCUGCUACCAGCUGAUGAUGGAAGUCCUCCAGCUGGGCCAAGACAUCCUGGCGCGCUCCAAAGAAUCCGAGCGGGCGGCCUUGGCUCAGCAGCUACCGGACGCCUGGCAGAGGGAGCAUGACAUCCAAGCACGGGUGGAGUCAGCGGAGCUGUGAG